AUGGCCAACGGCACGCGACCACGCGGCAGGCGCCGCGAGCGACUGCGAAGGCCUAAGCCAGUGGGCGCGGCCGCGUGGAUGAUCGUCGGUGCCACCCUGCUCCUGUGCUUCCUCGUCGUACCACGGUUGCGCGAGACACCGGACCUGUCUCGGAUAACCAAACGCGCGUUGUCUCUUGAGGAUGGCGGCGGCGGCGGCGGCGGCUCGCUCCUCCACAUACCCUACGAGAGUAUGUUCGAGGCCACUCCUCCGGCAUUGCAGCCGCUGUGCCUCGCAUUCUUCGUCCUGGUCCUCCUCUUCCUCUUCUGUUCUAUUUCCAUUACGGCCUCCGACUUUUUCUGUCCGAACCUCGCAAGUAUGGCCGCCUUCCUCGGGCUAAGCGAGACGACGGCCGGCGUGACACUCUUAGCGUUUGGCAACGGAUCACCGGACGUGUUCAGCACGUUUGUCGCCAUGCGCGAGGGCACGUUCGGGCUGGCCGCUGGCGAACUCAUCGGCGCUGCGACCUUCAUCACGAGCAUUGUCGUCGGCAGCAUCGCCAUGGUCCAGCCCUUCCAGGUCCCGCGCUACCCUUUCCUGCGCGACAUUGCGUUCUUCAUGGUCGCCGUAGUCAUGUUCAUGUGGACAUUAGCCGACGGCCACCUGACCCUUCGCGAGAGCGGCGCCAUGAUCGGGCUGUACGUCGUCUACGUCAUUGUCGUCGUCGGCGGCAACUGGUGGCAGCACCGCCAGCGGCGCAAGGAAGAGUACGCGCAGCUUGGAUGGAAGACGAUUCCUCGUGACGAGGAACGGGCUGCACCACCUGUCGAGAAUGCCGACGCGUUGCUCGUCCCGUCCCCCACAUCGCCUGGCUUCGUAUCACCGCAUUUCUCGGCAGGGCGGUUUGGUAGGCGCGCGAGCAGCGCAUCAUUCCAACUUGCGGCACAGGAGGCGGCUGAGGCACGGCCAAUGCCGCAGUCGGCGCAUUGGAUAGACGACGAGAGCGACGCGCCGCGUGCUGCCUUCUCGCUUCUUGGAGCUGUCGAGUUCCGCGACGUUGUCAACUCCCUGAAGCAGAGCGGCGACCUGCCGUCGCCCGGCAGCUCGCGGUUUACAACGAGGCCCUCGACGCCCCUGCGCUCGCCCUUGCACGAGUCAGCCGAUUCCGACUACUUCCACUCACAUCGCACGAAGCACCAUCGGCAUUCAUCUAUUCAGGGCUUGGCGGCGGUCGAGCGCAGAGUUUCGGUCACACGGACUCGCAGCGGGUCGCUCCACCCCGCGUGGAGCAACAGGCCGACACGUCAGUCGACCCUCGAGGAGCCAUCGGAACUCUCGCCUGUCUCGAGCUCACCACCUCAGCCGUCGAGCGACCGCGAUGUCGAACAUAUCCCCUUGUCUGCAUCGCCUAGAAACAAACACAAGCUGACUCUGGACAUUCCGCAACGGGAGGCGACCGCCCUGGUAGCCAGAACGUCUCCGCCUGCUACUGCAUCGACUGUCUGGAGUAGGGGAGGUAGCGCGGGCGCCAGCGCAAUGACGCCUGCCGACGUCCCCCAGAUCGCGGUGCAGAACGAGGAUGGAGGGGAGGAGGCGCCUGUGAUGGCCCCUUCGCGCACCCAGACCGUCGAGUUGGCCGCCCGACACGGACUCAACAAAUUGAGCGUAAUCCUGCACACACUCUUCCCCUCGCUGCAGGGAUUCCACCAUAAGUCGCUGCUCGGCAUGGGUCUGGCGGUGCUCUCCGUCCCUGCCAUCUUCAUUCUCACCCUCACUCUGCCAGUUACCGACGACGGGCGGACGGACGAAGGCGGCAUUGCGCUCCCCGGCGCCGACGAUGAGCCACUCGCAGAUGCUACGGGCGACGACGACGAUGACCGCCGCGUGGCCCCAGAAGUCAGCGGCGAUCUCCACCACCUCGUACACAGUGACUUCCCCCACCGCCGAUGGAGCGUGGACGACGAGACAGAGUCAUCGUGCUCGGCCUGCUCUGACGAGGACGACUGCAUGGUGUUCAAUCCGGUGCUCACAGCGGCGCAGUGUAUAUUUGGACCCGUAGUCUGCGGCUACCUUGUCUUCCAGGACGAACCGUAUCUCCGCUGGGUGCUGCUCGGGGCCGGGGUGGCUGGCGCCGUCGUGGCAGUGGCAGUCCUCAAGCUUGCGACUGACGGGACAUCGCAGCCGUGGCGCCUCAUCCGCUGCUGUUGCGGGUUCAUCUGCAGCAUGGUGUGGAUUGGAACCAUUGCUGACGAGGUGGUGUCUGUUCUCAUGACGUUUGGCGAGAUCUUUGGGCUGAGUGACGCGAUCAUCGGAUUGACGAUCUUUGCGAUCGGCAACUCACUCGCGGACCUCGUUGCGAACGUGACCAUCGCACAGUUUUCCCCGAACAUGGCGUAUGCGGCGUGCUUUGGUGGGCCGAUGUUGAACCUGCUCCUCGGCGUGGGCGCGGGCGGUUCGUAUUCGAUUCUGUGGAGCCGGAGCCAUACACCCGUCAUGCUCGACUUUAGCCCUACUCUGUGGGUUAGCGCUGUCGGCCUUGUCAUUGUCCUUGCGACUACAGCCGUGGUCGUCCCGCUCAACAAGUACCGCAUCGACAAGCGGUGGGCGCUGUGCCUACUCAUCGCGUACGCGACGCUCAUGACGGUCAACGUUGUCGUUGAGAUCCGAUCGGAACGACGUGGUGGAAAAGGCGACGCUUAG